GAUUUUAAAAUGUCAAACUAAAAACAACGGGUUUUUCCUACUUCAACAUAAUAAAGUUCCCUCUAUUUUUGACAUUUCGGUUUAACAUUUUUUUUGUGGAGAACACACAAGUUUUGCAGAAGUUUUUACAUAAUAUUCUUCUAAGAAAUUUGGGGCCCAUUCAAAAUGUCGCUAACACAAAUUGCCCGUAAUUGUGCCCGUUUGGCAAGAGCCGCAAAUGGAAUCCGUGUAAUCACUGCCCAACCACAGAUGCGUUUAUUGCACAGAAUUGCCAUGCCAGCCAUGUGCAAUGGUGUUACACAAAACAUUUUGAAAGCUCGUACAGCUAAUGUGCAAGUACGUUGCUAUUCGGACAAAUUGUCUAUGGAAGAUAUUAAAGAUCGCGUCUUGAAAGUUGUGUCUGCCUACGAUAAAGUUACUAGUGAUAAGCUCCGUGUUGAAUCACACUUCAUUAAUGAUUUGGGUCUUGAUUCCCUCGAUCAUGUUGAAGUUAUUAUGGCCAUGGAAGAUGAAUUCGGUUUUGAAAUUCCCGAUUCAGAUGCCGAAAAAUUGUUGAGACCAGCCGAUAUUAUUAAGUAUGUCGCUGACAAAGAAGAUGUUUAUGAAUAUAAAAUGCUAAAUGAGCUAAAAACUACACGAUAUUCUCAAAAAACACAAACUGCUGCCAUUACGGAUGUUUUGGACAAGUCAAAUAAUGCUUUACUACAAAUAGAAGCUUCCAGAAGUCUUAAGCCAGCUACAAGCGAUAAUAAUUCUACUCCCUACACCUAUAAUAAGGAAACUGUAAAUGCCUUGACCCGUAUUGUGGACAAAUUUAUGAAUCUAUUAAAUGGCUGUGGUCCAGCUAACGAGCGGCGUAAUUUUGAAGAGUAUUUAGAAGCAGCCGAGCAAAGGACGGAAUUUUUGGGCUGUAAUAUAAUAAAAUUAUUAGCCAUAUGGGAUACUAUACAACAAAUGCGUGUUGAACUGGAAAACUUAGAACUUGAGAUCAAUAACGCUUAUGAUACUGAGGACGAGGAUUUACUUGAACCAGUGGAAUCAUUUAGAGUGGGAGACGAUUUCGAUAUGGUAGAAUUUAGACGUUCACGCAUAGGUGGUGGUUUCUUGGGCUUUUGCAAGUUGGCUGGAUACUCAUCAAGUUUUUUGAAAACUUCUGCAAAUAGUUCAAUGGGCAUUAAUAAGAAAAAUCUAUUAAAAAUGUUCACUGCUGUACGCUCGGCCCUUAAUAGGUCGGACAAGAAAGUUAUAUCACUACUUGCCCAAUCUCAACGUGAGUAUGCCAAGGCUGCCGCUAAGGCUGCUGCCGCUGGAAAUGGCAAAAUUGUGGCCGUUAUUGGUGCCGUCGUCGAUGUCCAAUUCGAGGAUCAAUUGCCCCCAAUUUUGAACGCCUUGGAAGUCGAUAACCGUAGCCCUCGUUUGGUCUUGGAAGUCGCCCAGCAUUUGGGAGAAAACACCGUACGUACCAUUGCUAUGGACGGUACUGAAGGUUUGGUUCGUGGCCAAAAAGUCUUGGACACUGGCUACCCAAUCCGUAUUCCCGUUGGUGCCGAAACUUUGGGCCGUAUCAUCAACGUUAUCGGUGAACCCAUCGAUGAACGUGGUCCCAUCCCUACCGACAAGACCGCCCCCAUUCACGCUGAAGCCCCCGAAUUCGUGGACAUGAGCGUCGAACAAGAAAUCUUGGUUACCGGUAUCAAGGUCGUCGAUUUGCUCGCCCCCUACGCUAAGGGUGGUAAGAUCGGUCUCUUCGGUGGUGCUGGUGUCGGCAAGACCGUAUUGAUUAUGGAACUUAUCAACAACGUCGCCAAGGCCCAUGGUGGUUACUCCGUAUUCGCCGGUGUCGGUGAACGUACCCGUGAAGGUAACGAUUUGUACAAUGAAAUGAUUGAAUCCGGUGUCAUUUCCCUUAAGGACAAGACCUCCAAGGUAGCUCUUGUCUACGGUCAAAUGAACGAACCCCCAGGCGCCCGUGCCCGUGUCGCUUUGACUGGUUUGACCGUUGCCGAAUACUUCCGUGAUCAAGAAGGUCAAGAUGUAUUGCUUUUCAUUGACAACAUUUUCCGUUUCACUCAGGCCGGUUCUGAAGUAUCUGCCUUGUUGGGUCGUAUCCCCUCCGCUGUAGGUUACCAACCCACUUUGGCCACUGAUAUGGGUUCUAUGCAGGAACGUAUUACCACCACCAAGAAGGGCUCCAUCACCUCUGUCCAGGCUAUUUAUGUACCUGCUGACGAUUUGACUGAUCCUGCCCCAGCCACCACAUUCGCUCACUUGGACGCCACUACCGUAUUGUCCCGUGCCAUCGCUGAAUUGGGUAUCUACCCUGCUGUGGAUCCUCUCGAUUCCACCUCCCGUAUCAUGGACCCCAACAUCAUUGGUCAAGAGCACUACAACGUUGCCCGUGGUGUCCAAAAGAUCUUGCAAGAUUACAAGUCCCUUCAAGAUAUCAUUGCUAUCUUGGGUAUGGAUGAAUUGUCUGAAGAAGACAAAUUGACCGUCGCUCGUGCCCGUAAGAUCCAACGUUUCUUGUCCCAACCUUUCCAAGUCGCUGAAGUUUUCACCGGUCAUGCCGGUAAAUUGGUCCCUCUCGAAGAAACCAUCAAGGGCUUCACCAAGAUCUUGGCUGGUGAAUACGAUCACCUUCCCGAAGUCGCUUUCUACAUGGUUGGCCCCAUCGAAGAAGUCGUCGAAAAGGCCGAACGUCUUGCUAAGGAAGCUGCCUAAGCACCAUAUACAACAACAACAACUCUAAAACUAUAAGAUCAACCAACAUCUAAAUAUUUAACAAUUAUUCUAUUCUAAGAAUGUGUUUUUUCCAAACAACUAAAAUAGCUCCACAAUGCACGCACUCCACAUUGUGUGAAAGUCGUCAUUAAAAUUAUUUGUAUUUGUAAAAUGUUCGUUUCAAACGAGUUUGCAUAAGUGAAGAUGAAGUUAUAUAAAAUAAUACAAUAUUCAAACUAAAAGUGAAUAAAAAAUCCAAAUAAAAUUACGAAAAAAAA